AUGGCUUUGAACCAAACACAAAUCAAGCAGGAAAUCACCCUCCCACCCGGCCUGGGCAAAACCAUUGCAAAGGAAAGCCAAGAGUCUGCACCCUGCGUUGACCCGGUCCCCUGCCCACAGCAGCAAUCGGAAAUCCAAGUCCCAGAACCUUGCCCAGAACCAGUCCCAAUAGAAGUGGUACCAUGCCAGGAAAAAACAGCCCCAUUGCCAACACCGGUGGAGGAACCAGGCAAAGGAGAAACACCAGCGGUCGUGGUACCCAAGUGCCCACCCCAGGAGCAGCAGCAGCAGCAGCAAUGCAAGCUACCACCAACUUUCCCACCUGUAUCAUGCCCUGAGCCUGUUUCAUGCCCCGAAGAGAAAUCAGCGUGCAAAGAGGUGCCUGUGCCAGCCCCUGAACAAACUCCCUGUGUGUCGGAGGAGCAGGAGUGCAAGGAGAUCCCCGUGCCCGUUCCUGUUACCUGCCCUGAGCCUACACUGUGUGCUCAAGAGAAGCAGCAAUGCAAGGAGAUCCCUGUGCCAGUUCCUGUUGUAUGUCCUGAGCCUGCACCAUGUCCCCAGCAGAAGCAGGAGUGCAAGGAGAUCCCUGUGCCCACCCCAUGCCUUCCAGAGAAGCAGGAGUGCAAGGAGACUCCUGUGCCAAUCCCCGUUCCCUGCCCUGACCCCACACCAUGCGCCCAAGAGGAGCAGCAAUGCAAGGAGAUCCCUGUGCAGAUCCCUGUGCCCUGCCCUGACCCACGUCCCCAGGAGAAGCAGGAGUGCAAGGAGACCCCUGUGCCCAUCCCUGUUCCCAGCCCUGACCCCACACUGUGUCCCCAGGAGAAGCAGGAGUGCAAGGAGAUCCCCGUGCCCACCCAAUGCCCUCCAGAGAAGCAAGAGUGCAAGGAGAUCCCCGUGCCCAUCCCUGUUCCCCAUCCUGAGCCAGAGCAGUGCUCCCUUCCCGAGAAGUGUCCUCCCAUCGAGCAGCAGCAGGUCAAGCAGCCCAACCAGUGGCCACAGAUGCAGAAGUAA